GACGCGACGACGUCAAUAUAAGUCCCCGCCUCGGCGACACGCCUAACAGUUUGCUUUCGAGGCGACCCGGAGACACACUGUGAGGGGUCGGCCUCCUCGCGUCGCGCCGCCGACACCACCACCAUGACGUGCUCCGCGAGCGCGCCGUCGUGGCUCGUCGUCGUCGUCGCGGUCCUCGGCGCGAGCGCGACCCUGGGGCACGCCGAGCCCUCGUCUUCGUCCGCCCUGCCGAGCCGGGACGUCGACGUCGUGGUGGCCGAGUCCCCCGUCGCGCUCCUCAGCACCACGACAGACGCCUCGGCGGACGCCGCCGGCGCCGCCUCCAUCGAGUCCAGCGGCCAGCAGGACAGGCCGGGGCUGGCGGAUGUGGUGAAGGCCCGCCUGGGCGAGCAGCAGCCCGUCAAGCUCGCGGGCAGCAUGAUCCUGGGCAACACCAGCGCACACCUGCGCGCCGAGCACGUGUUUGGAGAGCGCGGUGCUAAGGCGAUCCGCUUCACCUCCAAGAGGGGCAACGAGCUCGACGCGGGUGUCUCGCACCAUGCCUUCACCACCAGCCCGACUACCUUCACCACGACCAGCACUCCCGCGCCCGGCCCGGGGCCAGCAAGCGCGGCGAGCACGGCCCUGCAGCCCGUGGAGCAGCCCAGCGCCUGGAGCGCCCUCCGGGGCGUCGUCUCGGACUGCAUCCUCGGCUUCUCCGCAACCUGUCUUCAGCGCAAGCUGUUAGUCUUCGUCAACAGAGUAUCUCGUAUGGAAAGAGUCAACCUCCUCGGCAGUUACGUGUCGCUAGUGCGCGUGUCUGAAGAUGCACCACCCCCGCUGUCCGAGCACGUCCUAGAGGCGAGGGUUGCCGACGAUGAGGACGACUCCGAGACGGCUCUGGAGGCUCUGAUGGAGCACAACGUCGACUCCUUCAUCGAAAGCCACGUCCUGCGCUUCCGCUUGCCUUCCUGGUUCAGCACUGCGAUCGGCGGCGUGGGCAUCGGCACGGGGAGAGACGCGGAUGCCGUUGACGUGGACCUGGAGGAUCUGGUCGAGACUCGACAGAAGGGAGGCAGCAGCAAGGGUGGCGGCAAGGGUGGCGGCAAUAAGGCAAUAAAGAAGAAGAUCAAGCAGAAGCAGAAGGGCGACAAGAAGGCCAGCAAGCAGAAAAGCAAGAUGAUGAAGAAGAUGAUGAAGAACAUGUCCAAGAUGGGUGGCGCCAUGAUGUUCGGCCUGCUGGGCAAAGCCGCCUUGCUCGCGCCGCUGCUCGGCCUGCUGUCCACGCUGGCGCUCAAGGCGUCCGCCAUCGCGCUCAUCAUCGCCAAGAUCCUGCUGGUGCGCUCCAUAUUCAGCGGCGGUCUCGGCGGUCUCGGCAGCCUCGGUGGCCUCGGGGGCGGCGGCGGGGGUGGCAGCGGGGGCGGCAAGGGCGGUCUGUCCAGCCUGUUCAGCGGCCUCGGCAGUGGCCUCGGAAGCAGCUUCGGUGGCGGCGGCGGCUCGCAGCAACCCAGCAGCGGGUACGGAGCCCCGAGCAGCAGCUACAGCGCACCCAGCAGCCAGUACGGUGCACCGCAGCAGAGCUACUCGCCGCCGGCCAGCAGCUACUCGCCGCCCAGCUCCGGGUACGGCGCGCCGGCGCCGGCGCCCGCACCGCAGCAGUACACGCCGCCGAGCACGAGCUACGGCACGCCCUCCACGAGCUACAAUCCGCCGAGCUCGAGCUACAACGCGCCGGCGCAGAGCUACAACCCGCCGGCGCAGAGCUACAGUCCGCCGAGCUCCGGGUACGGCGCGCCCACCGGGGGAAGCUACUUCCCGACGAGCAGCGGCGCGAGCAGCGGCUCCUCGUCGUCAGCAGGCUCGUCCGGGUCGUCCUUUGGCGGCGGCGGCGGGGCGUCGGCCGGCAGCUCGGCGGGCAGCUCCGCCAGCAGCGGCGGCUUCGGUGGCACGGCCCCCGUGGCGUCGGGCGGCCAGAGCGGCUACGUCGGCGGAGGCAGCCACUGGGUCAACAAGCGCGCCUGGGACGCGCACGCCCUCGCCUACAGCGCCUACCUCCAGGAGCCCGAGAUGCACACCACCACCGAGCCCAUGCUGUGAGGCGGGCCCUCGGGCGGGCCUGAGCUGCCCCAGCCCCUCCCGGCCAGAAGGCGCGGUGGAAAGCACAUUCCGGUCCUCCCGCUGCACCGCGAGGACUUCCAAAUGGAGGGGUUAAUGUGCUCUUGGCCGUGUUUUCCACGCCCAGGGAUGUUGCGGCUGCUGGGUAGUUAGAUAAUGAUGAGCUGUGAUUGUUUCUAGUAGUUAUUUAUUUUUGAUUCUUGUAGAUGUUUCUUUGCUAUCUCAAUAAAUACUAUUUAUGAGUGCCAAACCUU